AUGACGACGAGAGUAGGUGAUCGAGUGGAGGUAUUCAAUGUUUAUAAAGCACUCAGGUUGCCAGCCUACUAUGAAGAGCUAUCCAUGAUUUCUGUGGUGGAAAGCGAUGCUACAUCAUUAGUGCCUUAUAUGAGCCCUAUAGAUCCUCUUGAACGAGCUUUGAUUGGGGAUGAAGAAGAUAGUGAAGAUGAAAUGAUGGGAGAAAUUGAGCAAGUACUUGAUAUGUCUUACAGUUAUGUCCAUGGGUUUGGAAAAUUUGAGGAGUUUGAAUGGCCUGUUACUCUGACCCCUCCUAAGCCAUCCAUUGAACAAGCUCCAAAGCUAGAACUUAAACCCCUCCCAGCGCAUCUGCGCUAUGCUUAUUUGGGGAACUCUCAGACAUUGCCCGUGAUUAUCUCUUCCAGUUUGACUACCACUCAAGAAGAAAAAUUGCUCAGAGUACUCCGCGAGCAUAAAAAGGCUAUUGGGUGGACUAUUGCUGACAUCAAGGGAAUCAGUCCAUCAUUUUGCAUGCAUAAAAUCUUCUUGGGAGAUGGACACCGCCCUAGUGUUGAGCAGCAAAGGAGGUUAAAUCCCAUUAUAAAAGAGGUCGUGAAGAAGGAAGUAAUUAAGUUGCUCGAUGCAGUGCCAUUUUAUGGUACAAGAAGGCAUCGUUUGGGUCACAGAGUGUCUAGGAGCGGCAUUGAAGUUGAUAAGGCGAAGGUGGAGAGGGUUGAAAAAUCACCUCCACCGAUUUCUGUGAAGGGUGUCCGGAGUUUCUUGGGACACGCGGGAUUCUAUCGGCGCUUUAUUAAAGAUUUUUCUAAAAUUGCUACUCCUUUGUGCAGGUUGCUUGAAAAAGAUGUAACUUUCAAUCUUGAUGACGCCCGCCUCAGGGCGUUUGAAAAACUCAAAAAGAAGUUGGUGGCUGCUCCCAUUAUUGUGGCACCAGAUUGGUCUUUACCGUUUGAACUUAUGUGUGAUGCGAGUGACCAUGCUAUUGGGGCAGUAGGCCAGAGGAAAGACAAGGUGUUUUAUUCUAUCUACUAUGCGAGUAAGACUCUGGAUGAUGCACAACUGAAUUACACCACCACUGAAAAGGAGUUGUUAGCUGUUGUGUGGGCCUUUGAGAAAUUUCGAGCAUACUUGGUGGGAACAAAAGUCAUAGUCUAUACUGAUCAUGCAGCCAUCAGGUAUCUAUUUACAAAAAAGGAAUCUAAGGCCAGAUUGAUGUGCUGGGUUUUGUUGUUGCAGGAAUUUAACGUAGAAAUACGAGAUCGAAAGGGCACUGAGAACCAAGUAGUUGACCAUCUAUCAAGGCUGGAAAAUCACGACCACGUGGAGGAGGGUGGCCAAAUUAAAGAAGUAUUUCAUGAUGAGCAACUUUUUACUAUAACCCAAGACCCUCCCCCAUGGUACGCAGACUAUGUGAAUUAUCUUGUGAGUGGGGUACUUCCUCCUGAAAUUGAAUCUGAAGCUAGAAAGAGGUUUUUGCAUGAUGUAAACUUCUACUAUUGGGAUGAGCCAUAUUUGUACAAGCAAUGUAUUGAUCAGUUGAUGAGGAGAUGCAUUCCAGAAAAUGAGGUAGAAUUGGUGUUGUACGACUGUCACGCAUCACCUUAUGGGGGCCAUCACGGAGGAGAUAGAACAGCUGCAAAGAGAACAGGAACAAUCACAAGGAGGCAUGAGAUGCCUUUGAAUAACAUCCUGGAGGUUGAGAUUUUUGAUGUGUGGGGGAUAGAUUUUAUGGGACCAUUCCCAUCGUCCAGAGGAAAUAAAUACAUUUUGCUAGCAGUUGACUACGCGUCAAAAUGGGUAGAGGCAAUUGACUUGCCAACAAAUAAUGCCAUGGUGGUAGCUGCGUUUAUGAAAAAGAGUAUAUUUUCGAGGUUUGGGACUCCACGUGCCUUAAUUAGUGAUGAGGGGACUCAUUUCUGCAAUCGGUUGUCGAAUAAUCUUCUAGGUAAAUAUGGAGUCCGCCAUAGAGUUGCUACAGCAUAUCACCCUCAAACAAGUGGGCAAGCUGAGGCGUCGAACAGAGAAAUAAAGCAAAUCUUAGAGAAGACGGUGAGUGUGAAUAGAAAGGAUUGGGCUGCGAAGUUAGAUGAUGCCUUGUGGGCGUAUAGAACUGCAUACAAAAUGCCAAUUGGGGCGUCGCCUUAUAAGCUUGUUUAUGGGAAGUUGAAUGAAUUAGAUGAGUUCAGGCUGCACUCUUAUGUAAAUGCUAAGCUAUAUAAAGAGAAGACUAAAAGAUGGCAUGACAAGCGUAUCAAGCCACGUCACUUCGAGCCAGGCCAACAGGUAUUAUUGUUCAAUUCUAGGGUAAAGUUAUUUCCUGGGAAGUUAAAAUCGAGAUGGUUAGGCCCUUUUGAGGUGGUGAGAGUCAAUCCUUAUGGUGCAAUUGAUCUGCGAGCUUUAAAUGGUGAAAGAAAAUUUUUGGUGAACGGACAUAGAGUUAAGCACUAUUGGGGAGGAAUAAUUGAUCGUGAGAAGACCCAAGUUGUACUCGCUGAUGAGUAA